UCAUACUAAAUUUUACUUAAGAAAAUUUGAAAAAGGAGAGAAUUUCUGGAGAAACUUAACAAUGGCAGACUGCAAACAUGGUGAUGAAGAGUUCGACACCCAAGCCAAUGAGGAAACAGUAAAGGCCAAAAAAUAUGGAGGACUGGCGCCAAAGAAGAAACCCUUAAUCUCAAAGGACCAUGAACGUGCUUUCUUUGAUUCAGCAGAUUGGGCAUUAUGCAAGCAAGGUGCAGGAGUUAAUCAAAAAUCAACUGUGGCAAUCGAGACUCUCAGACCAAAGCUUCAGAGAACACCGCAUCAACAAUUACCACCCAGGAGACCUACAUGUACAUCUGGUCGAGAUAACAUGGGGCAGUAGAUUUGAUGAAUUGGUGUGAGAAUUUGAUGAAGGUGAUGAAAAUGGGACGCGUUAUAUAUAUAUAUAUAUAUGUUAAUUACUUAUCAUUUAGUGUGUGUUUGUUGAGUAGAUAAUCUGCACACUUACCUAUUAUCAUUUAUCAAUCAUUGCUGGCCUUGGAA